AUGAAUAAUAUGAAUUUGAACAUACACACGAUGUUUGCACACGGACUUAACGAACACUACACGCGUUUUCCACAUCAGCAGAACCCCUUUCCAGCGAUAUCGACGCCACCGCUGAACGAUUAUCUUACGUCGAGUGGGUUUGUGUCGCCAGGGGUGGGGGCAGCAGAGGGGUCUGUGGCGUCGGGGGACCGGGAUAUGGGCCAGGUCGCGCAGGAGAUACGCGGGUUGGUUCAGUCGGCGGUGCAGUGCACCGAGCGGAUGACAACGAAGUUCAACGGAAUAUCGUUUAUGCGGACAGAUAUGUGGCGAGAGGUCUCCGAAUUAUGCUGGUCUCUGCGCCACUGCCUACGCGCCCCGCCUGAAAUACGGCAUUCGUACCUACCGCCCGUAGGAUCGACGUGGUCGACGCGUCGGGCAUCAUUGGUAGUGUCUUUGAAAAGGCUCUCCGAGCAUCUCGCAACGAAGCCUCUGCGAAUUGACAAAUUCCGGCAUCAGCUUUCGAAACUCUCUGCAUACCACGCCAAGUUCUCGUACCUCUUUAGUCGAAUAAAGGCUUCGUCAGACAAGAUGCGGCUGAUGCAGCUGCGCGAUGUCUACCAGGAGGCAUGUCGCAUGCUGCGGGAUCAGCUUGAAGAAGAGAGGAAGAGGCGCCGUGAAGCACAAGCACAUUUCGUUCUCAAGGCUUCGCACAUCAAGCCCAAAGCCCACAUCCUCAGACAGCGGCCCAACCUUACAAACGUGAUAGAGUAA